GUUAUCCAUUGUCUAGCCGGGAUCGAAGGGUUUGUGUCUCUGCUCCUACAGUUCCCUACCCCUCAAAAGAAAUCUGACAGUAAUCUUAUUUCUUCUUUGCAGUUGGUCAUUCAACAGUGUCAGAAUUGGAGUCUGAGUAGCAUCAAACCUAACAAGCUUCUGCUCGCUAUCUCAUCUCUAGCUCCUCAUCUCGUUACUAUUCAUGGUCAAAGCCAACAAGAUGCCGGUGAAUUUUUAUUGUGGCUUUUGGAUGCUCUUCAUGAAAUGCACAAAAAAGCAACUAAAGUUGACAUGACUGAAGAGAAACAGAGUCUGAUUGCUCAACUAAAAAGUGAAAAAGAUACUAUACAAUCCUUAGAGAUGAGAUCUGACGAUAUUGAAACUUAUCGUGAUAAACUGAUAAAACUCUCAUCAGUCGACUAUUCUAUUCUUGAGCAAGAGAAUAUGUCAUCGAUAUACAAGAUGUGUUGUGGCCAACUAUUUGAAGCACGUGAAUGCCAACAGUGUAAAAGAGUGUCCACCAAUAUUGAGUAUUAUACAAUACUCACAUUACCUGUCCCACAAAACACUAACAGUGACAUCCGGCUCUGCUUUGAACUUUUUAGUCAGAUAGAGAGCUUGAAUCAUUCACAUAACAUGUUUCGUUGCACUUGUACCAUCAAAGAAUCAGAUUUUCCAACUUCUGCCAGUAGAUUAGCAUGCCUUAGUUAUCUACCAUCACAUCUCAUCAUUCAACUUGCACGUUUUUCAUAUGACUACGCUCGCAAACAAGCACUGAAGAAUCAAACACCAGUUGUCUUUCCUGUUACUGGUCUAGAUUUGUCUUCUUUUACACUCAGCUCUAAACUAAAAACUCCUCUAGAUGCUAGCCAGCCAACUUUGUAUGAUUUGUGUGGGUUUUGUGUUCACACUGGUGCACGUACCACUAGCUAUGGCCACUAUAUUGCUUAUAGCAAGGCUAAAGAUGGAGCCUGGUAUCGCUUUGAUGACAACUAUGUCUCACUAGUCAACGAUAUUGAAAAAGAAAUCAAGCAACCUUUUGUUUCACAAAACACUUAUUUAAUAUUUUACAAAGCUAAAAGACACUGAAUAUAAAAAUAAUAAUAAUAAUGACAAUAAUAAUAAUGAUAGCAAUAAUACUUAAUUAUUUUGAUAUUGACUAGCAUGGUGAGAAUUGGAUGUAUCAGGGAUGUUUUUAGGGUCUAUAGAUGGUUCUGUUGCAAGUGCUGGAGUUUGAUAUUGGUAAACAGCUACAC